AUGGGACAAAGUGCUACGAAACAUCGGACUGCUCAGCGCAUUCUCGCUGCAGCACAGUCUCAUGGCGAGCGAGACAGUCAAAACAUCUCUGGCGACGACUCUUCCCGUGGCUGGAUGCCGGAUAUUAUAUUCCCUAGUAUCAUUGACCGUGCUUACG